AUGAAUCAUGCUAGAAAGAAACCAAAUUCACCUUUUGAAAUUAUUACUUUUGCAGAGUCAGAUGGUGAGAAGGAAGCUGAAGUGAAAACAGAAUUGAGUUUGUCCUGCAAUGCCCUUGAAGAUUCAUUUUCUGGAUUAGGAGAACCUAGGGAGGAAGAAAGAGUACAUGGUUCUUCGAUUGAGCCUGAAAUCAACCUGGAAGCAGCUAUGAAUGUGGAAAAACAGACAGCAUCCUCAACCCGGGAGGGAGUGUCUCUAGUACUCGCAGAUGCUUUUGAAUGUGAAGAUAAUACCCUGAAUGUAGUUCAUACCAUUGCAAUUUCUGAACCUGGAAGUGAGGAUGCUGAUGAUCCCAACAGCGACAAUCGUGUAGAGCUUAGAGAGAAUUCAGAUGACAACACAAUAAUUGCUAGUUCUAGAAAACAAGGUGUGGAUCAAGGUCUUAACUUGUCUGUCUGUGGGAUGACCCUAGCUUCCGGAACCACAGGGAUUUUCGAAAACAAUGAAUGUUCACCUGCCGCAAAUCGAUCAGUAGUUGGCUCAGAAGAUCUUAGCAAGUCAAGCAGUAGAGAAAGUUUGGCAAGAAUAGGCAAUGAUUCAAGCAUCAAAGCCCACACGCAAGAUGAAAAAUCAGAUAAGUACCAAGAUAUACCUGAAAGCUUUGAACAGGCUUCUAAUGUUGAAGAAGCGUGGGUGGCACGUGGUGCACAUUCAAUGUUUGUAGAUGACUUGUUUGGUAUGGACAGCAACGGUAGUGCUCAAGUGAGUCAAUGGGGACAUCAUGAAGAUAACUUAUCUCACCAUAGUGGACGUUUUUCAGAAUUAAGUAUUGCUGAGGCACUAGAAAUGGGAGACGGUAAAAUGAAGGCUGUAGCUGUAUCAGGAAAUUCUGACGCAGAAAAGGAAGAGGCUUAUGAAUGUGAAAUGUCUCCUGAAGCUGAAAACUUCUUGAGCGGCUCUAACAAACCUUGUGCAGAAAUGGACUCUGAAGCUACAUACUCUGCUGAGCAAUCUGGGGGUCAGGAAGAAAGAAGAGUAUAUAUUCAGGAAGCUUUAGAUAUAUCUAGAUUUACCGAAGAUCAAAAUGCUGAUGGUUUAGAUGGUACAAAAAUUGAAGGUUCAGCUACAAGAGACUGCACAUUUGAUCAAACUGAAACUAUAACAAUGGCAACAGUUGCUAAUCAAGAAGAGCUGAAUGCUAGAAACUGCACAAAUUUUGCUGAUCAAGUUUUCUUCAAGGAGAAUUCAGGAGUGAAGAGGUCUAUUGAAAAUGAAUUCGAGUAUUCCACAUACCAGGGAAUUUUUACUGCUCAACAGUCGUCGGUUUCUCUGGAUACUGGAGCUUUUAGGGAUACUGGUACAGCAAUGCAUGAUGAAAGUAUAGGUAACAAAGAUGAACUCAUGGCACCUGAUGAAUAUUUUGACGAUUUUGAUCGGUCAUUUGCUGAUUUUGAUGAUUCCAAUCUUGAGGUUCGGGAAGUAAAUUCUCAACUUCCCAUGGAAUCAACAAUAGGGAAGUCACCUGAACAUUCAAAAUCUGGCUUUGAUAUGAGCCAGGAGCAAAAUAAGGGCAGUGAGCUUAAUCAGAUUGAAGAGACUAAGGAAAGUGUUCAUAGUACACCAAUGCAAUCCUAUCCUUUAAUUGAUGAUGUAAUAAGAAACAAAGAGAACGCAGUGGGUCUGAAGGUGGACAGCUCCCGAAAUCACAUUGAGAAGCCAAUAUCUGAUUCUAGUCGGCGGCCUCUACAGAGCUUGCGAAGAACUAAAGAUGAACUCUAAUGCGUGUAGUGUAGUUUUUAUAAUUUUUUAUGUUUGCGUGUCUGUGAAAAGAUUGGUCGACGUUCGAACUAUGUAAGCAGGCUGAUUUGUUAUGUCUUGGCAACAAAUUUCCAGUGUUAUAUAUUAAACAUGCAGUCUUCUGAUUUGUUGUGA